AUGAUUGAUGAUUGGAUUUUAACUGGGCAAAGUCGCCAGAGCGAUUCUGCAGUAAACGCCACUGUUAUGAGCCACAAUAAAAAGCCACAUUGGCUACGCUACCUAGGUGGACCUCCCCGGCCAUCUAAGAUUAGCAAAUGCAUAAAAGUGGCUACGUAUCCACUUUUGGCCCCUUUCACGUUAGUUACUUCCAAGAAUAAGAUUCGUACCAUUUUGCGACAUAACAAUUUACGAAGAGAUUACGAACUUCCUAACCAACGGACACGAAAUUAUUGA